AUGCGCAAACCUCUUAUGCGUAUUCCUUACACGGAACUCUUAGCCCCCCCUACAGUCCGCCCAAGCAACGCAAACACAAUCCCGGGUGCUGUCGCGGCCCUCGAGAACUUCUUCACGGCUCCGCCCCCUAAAGGCUUGCCUAGGUCGACCGUCGUAUUGACUGGCGCGGGCCUCUCUGUCUCUAGUGGGCUCGCCGACUACCGGGGCGUCAAUGGCACAUAUCGUGUGAACAAGACGUACCGCCCGAUCUACUACCACGAGUUUCUUGCCAACCACGAAGCCAGAAAACGGUAUUGGGCAAGGAGUUUCCUGGGUUGGACGUCACUUCACAAGGCGUCGCCAAACCAAGGCCACUAUGCCGUCCGAGACCUAGGGCAACUGGGCUUGGUUCGGAGCGUCGUUACGCAAAACGUCGACUCUUUUCAUUCGAGAGCUCAUCCAGACAUUCCUACUCUGGAGCUUCACGGCUACCUAAGGUCCACAGUUUGCGUGACUUGUAGGAACGAGUACCCCAGAGACAUCUUCCAAGAGGAGCUCGCACGGCUCAAUCCCGCUUGGGCUGCCUUCCUUGUAGAGGCUUUAGCUUCUGGUGCUCUCGACACGGAGAACCCUGCCGAGCGCAAGGCCAAGGGCAUCAGAACGAACCCUGAUGGAGACGUGGACUUGCCGGGCGCGCCUUACACCACCUUUAGAUACCCAGCCUGCCCGCAUUGCCUCGCGAAGCCGCCCUCCACGCUUGAAGGCUCCAGACAUGUCAUCGAGGUCGACCACGACGGGGCGUGGAAGCCCACCAGCUCGGGAGGAAUAUUGAAACCUGCCGUGGUCAUGUUCGGCGAAAGUAUCGCCGGCCAAGUGAAGACGGCGGCCGAGGAGGCCAUCGACGGGGCUGGCAGGCUCCUCAUCCUCGGAACUUCGCUUGCCACGUACUCGGCAUGGCGACUGGCAAAGAGGGCGCUGGAUCGCGGUAUGCCCAUCGCGAUCGUCAAUACGGGAGGCGUGCGAGGCGAGGAUCAGAUUUCUGCCGUGUUGGACCCGGAUCCAACAGGCGCUCUGGGACUUCGGACAGAAGUGUCUACAGACAUCGUGCUCCCGGCGCUGGUCGAGCGGCUUCAACAGUUACCGGGAAGGGCGUCGGGCCUGAACAGGACAGCUCUUGGGGAGAACCACGGCGUUUUCAAAGAUAUGUUGUCAUAG